AUAUCUUCAAAGCAUUAAUUACAAUUAAGCGUGCUUGGAUUACAUUUACUUUUACCAUUACUAUAAUUUACUAUUAUUUAGAGUGUCACACUUGGCGAGUUUUUGUGCCAAAUUUACAUAAAUGAGCAUAACACCUCAACCGUCUAUUUGACAUACACAUUUACUACAAGGGUGUCAUUUUAUUACAAAAUCACAGAGUAAUUAAGUUCCAUUUAUCACACCAUUUAGAAAGACACAUUUUUCCUAGGGCUAUAUGCUUUUCAACUUCUUUUUCAAAGGAGAGUUUCUGUUUGAAUUCCAACAAUGUCGGCUUCUUAUUCUUACAUCGACAUAUACAUAAAUAAUACUUUGCGUGUAAAAUAACCAAGUUUAUGUGAACAUUAGUUUGAGAACCAAAACAAACAGCUUUAUAGGACAAAUCACUUUCAUCUAAUACAAAAUGCUUGUUAAUUUCUUUCCAGAAAUUAAUAGUGAUUUUUCAGUCCCAGAAAAGUUGAGAAAUUGUUUCGGUCUCUAAAUGACAAAAAAAGUGCAUUUUUCAGAUUGUAUAAUAUUUAUUUUAAAAAUAAAACUAUUUACCGGCAGAAUUCGAUGUAAAAACCUGAACUGAAAGUAUCCUAAACUCGUCGACUGCGUACAAAGACGUUUGGCAAGGUAAAUACCAGGCCAAUUCAAUUCAGGAUCAUUGAAUUCUACCGCCCAUUUCAUCUCGGAAACAGGAGUCUUAAAUAACUUUUUAGUGCACAAUUCACAUAUAAACUUGCAUACCUUUGGUGAUUUUUUUACACUUUCAAGAAUUUCAUCUUGAUUACUUUGUACAUUAUGGUAGACAUUACCUAAUUCGUAUUGUUUUUUUCCAAUUUGCUCGAAUAGCAUGGAUCAGUGAAAAAAAUCUAGGUAAUUAACUUUUAUAUUAUAUUUUCUUUCGAAGUCGGUAUAGCACAUUAUUACACAAUUAACAUGCGUGAUAUCUGCAAGAGUCUAAAUGCCCUUUUUAUACAGUCUUUGAUUAAACACAGGUUUUCCUCCAAUUCUAAUUUGCGAAUUAUUCCAUAGAAUUUGUUUACCAAAGCAGUUAACAGGCGUUUCGAAGGUAAUAUCACACCAUGCUGACACCACAUUUCUUAAAAGUUGAUUUCUGAUAUUACUUAAACAUUUUUCGUUUGAUUUCAUAUACAUCGCCAGAAGAAAUUUCCACCUAAAUUCCUCAUAUGGAGUGCAAAAAAUACCUUCCACACUCCCUUAUUUUUUUCAUUAAGCAAUCGUUUGAUCUUGGUUAUCUUUAACCCCUUUACUACAGAAUCUAAAUGACACAUCCUAAGAACUCCAUCUACAUAGUCUCCAAUUAAUGUUUUUCUGUUGAUUUUGUCUGGUUUGCCUGACCAUAUAAACUUAAACACAAUGGAUUCGAGGUCUUUGAUAAAUUUGUUUGGUGGGUCAGGCAAAACAGAAAAUAGAUAUGCAAAUUGAGAUAUGCCAAGAGAUUUAACAAUAGUGAUUUAUCCAGUUGGUGUUAAAUCUCUCAUGGACCAUAAGCAAAGCAUUUUUUUAAAGUUUUUCUAACUUAGGGAUAAAAUUUAAUUCGAACAAAUCGUUCAAAUUUGCAGAAAAAGUAACGCCAAGCAUACUUACUGGACCUUCAGUAAAACCUAGCCCCGUGUAAGAAAUGUCUGGAGGGUUUUUUUAAUACACCAAAUGGGAGCACCAGAGAUUUGUCAAAAUUAAUAGCCAACCCUGAACAAUGCUUAAAUUCCUCAAGUGCAUCCAAUACGUGCAUCAGCGUAUGCGCUAAGUUUGACAGAAAUGUUUUCUAUUGUAAUGCCUUCUAUAUUUUCGUUUUUUUUUUCGGAUAUUAAUAUUAAGAAUGUCGCUACAUAUUAUAAAAAGAUAGGGGCUAAGCAGGCACCCUUGUCGGAGCUCUAAACUAAGCGGAAAAAAGGAAGUUGAAUGUCCGUUAUUGAUUAUACAUGAAGAGAUAUCCGAGUAAAGGGCUCAAAUGUACCUGAUAAUACUCUUUCCCAAAUUAAAAUGUUCAAGUACUCUAAAAAUAAACGGCCAUUCAAGCUUAUCAUAUGCUUUUUCAAAAUCGACCAUGAAAAUCAUACCGUCCAAUUCUUUUUCAUUUAAAUACUGAAUAACAUCAAGAGUAGUUGGGAUAUUUUCUCCAAUAAACCGGUCUCUUAAAAAACCUGUUUGAGAAGCAUCUAUAAUAUUUGGAAGUAGUCCUUUAAUUCUAUUUGCCAGUAUUUUAGCAAUUAUCUUGCAGUCAGUAUUAAGCAAUGUAAUUGGCCUCCAGUUCUUUAGAUAACAGGGAUUGUUGUCCUUUUUCGGUAUUAGAUUAAUUAUGCCUCUGCGUUGAUUGAUGGACAUAAUACAUUUAUUAAAUGAAUACUCACAAGGUUCAAUCACUAAAUCGACGAUAUCAUUGAAAAAAAUUUAUACCACUCGGUCGGCAGUCCAUCGGACCAUGAUCGGACCCAGGAGAUUUAUAAUUAAAUUUGAUUUUAGUACAAAAAGACAUUCACUCACUGUAAUAUUAUUUUCACAAGAUUUUUUUCCUCUUUAUUUAAUUUUGUAGGGUUUUCAUUUUGCAAAAGAAGACCUUCAAUAUCAGGUUCGGGGGGAUUCUCCGACUGAUAGAGAUUUUGGUAAAAUUCUUUCUCCUCCUCCAAAAUAUCCUUUGACCCAGUUAUAAUGGUAUGUCGUCUCGGACAAUUUUCUUUAUUAUUUUUUGACUCUGGUUUCUUUUUUCCAAAUUGAUGAAAAAAAAACGGGUGUUCCUUUCACCCUCUUCAACCCACUUUGCACGAGACUGUAUCUGUGCACCCUUGGUUUUAUGCUCAUAAAUAGUCUCAAGAUUUAAUUUAUAUACUUCAAUUUUAUCCGAUAUUUGUGCAAUAUAUUUUUUCUAAGUCAUUCAAUUCUUCUGGCAAUUUGUUUUCUUUUUGUUUGCGCUUUUUAGCUAGUUCAGAAGAGUGUUGUAACGUUAACGAUCUAAUUUUGAAUUUCAGAAAUUCCCAGAAUAGACUUGGGUUUAAAUUUGGGUUACUCAAUUUAGUAUCACUAAUACAAUUUUUUACUUUAUCAACAUAACGUGGGUCAUGCAGGAGUGUUGAAUUUCCAAAAUCCUCUUCCUCUGGCCCCAUUUACAGGAGUAAUAUCUAAGCUAAUAAUUGAAUGAUCAGUUUUAUAACCGCUAACAAUCUCACAUGAAUUAAUCUGAGUAUAAAAAUGUUGUAUGAGAUAAGAAAGAAAUCCAGACGACACUGAAUUAUUGGCUUAGAUGAUCGCCAGGUGUACCUACGCACAUUUGGGUUUUUUUCCCUCCAUAUGUCAAUCAAAUCAAAGGAUUUCAUGGUUGACUUUAUGCAUUUUUGUGAAUUGAACUGCGUGUGGACUCUGCCUCCCAUUUUGUCCAUAUUUGUAUCUAGCAGAAGGUUAAAAUCUCCGCCAAAAAUUAUUGAUUCACAGCUAAAUUCGUUUAGAAUCGUUCAUACAUGUUCGAAAAACGAUGGUUCAUCUUUGUUAAGGGCAUAUAUAUUAGCAAAAGUUAUGUUUUGACCAUUUAGGCUUGUAUCUAAAAUUAAAAUACGCCCUUUACCAUCAGUAUAGCAUUUUGUUAUGUUUAAAAUAUGUUUCUUAGUCAGAAUGCAAACCCCCCUGCUAUUAGAAGUACCAUGGGAAAAAUAUAUCGCCAUCCCAUCCCUUAUCUCUCCAUUCUUUCUCCGUUUUAUGGACACUAUGGGUUUCCUGGGUAAAGGAAAUAACAUGUGGUUUGUUUUGAAACCAGUUGAAAAAUUGUGUUCGUUUAUUCAUUUCACCAAGACCCCGAGCAUUCAUCGAACAAACACUAAUAUUUGAGUCAAUCAUAUGGGCCGAUAUUCAUAUUUAGAUUACUAACCAUUCUAUAUAUGCAUACGUUAAAUACCUUAUUUUCUAGUAGAGAUCUAUCACCUAUCAUAUGUGCAUUUAAUACAUAGGAAAAUUGCAAGAAAGAAAAACAGUUAAAAUAGAAAAAAAUGGAAAACAUGUAACAGAAAAAUCAUAACACAGUAUACAGCACCCAGACCCUUGGGCCCUUUUUUCCGAGAUGUCUUCACAAAUGGAGAUUUCUCGUCAACUUUUUAUUCGAAAUCAAUUUCAAACACAAGCGGAUUCAGGCCAUAUAUUUUUUUCCAAGCCGAAUCUUGUUUGUUUCUUUCACGAUAUUCCAUAACAACAUGUAUUCCAACAACCCUGAUUCUCGUAGACAUUCCAUUUUUUCGUAGCUCAUGUGCUUUAGAUGCCAAUUUACCGCGUUCUUGUUCAUUCAUCACUCUUGGUAUCAAAUGUAAUGCUGUAGAAUAACAGAUUUUGUUUUCUAUCAUAAAUUUCUUUUAAAAGUAUAGCCUUAUGGUGACUCUCAAUUGUAGAAUUAACACAUUCUUGCCUUGUAAUUUGAUCUUGCUUUAAAUCUUCUACUAAUUUUGCCUGGUGCUCUUGAGUAUUUUCCAAAUCGUUCAUUUUCUGUUCAUAAUGAAGAUUUUGUUUGUCUAAUUUAGCAAUUCUUUCUUGCAUAACAUCCAUCCUUUUAUUUAGGCUUUCCUCUAUUCUUAGCAUGAUCUCUUUCAAUUCAUUUGUACUUACCACGUGUGGCUCUUCGACCGUAGCGGCUGGCUGUUCACAACUGUCAUUGCUCAUUGUAGCAAUGGCGUCGGGGCUGGCUUGCAUAUCUUCCUUGUUUAAUUCAAUUUCCUUCUGUUUUUUUGUUUUAGAAAUUAUCUUUUUCGCUGAUUUUUCAUUUGUCGUGUUCCUGAGCAUAUAGCCCGUCGUUGUCGUUGUCUCGCUCUUUACCGCUCAUUUUUGACGGUGUUUUUUCGAGUUGAGAAACCGAGAGACGGUUACACGUGUGUGACCGCCGUCGAAGCCAUGUUAGAAAAAAAAAUUGAUAUUUUAAAGGUAUUACUGUAUGGCGCCCUGUGUUUUAUAGUAAGAGUAGCAACACAAACUGACACUUUACUUACCAAUACAACGCAGACUGGCACAUCACAGACCGACACAACAGAGGCAUUCGGAAUAUCGGAAUGGAUUGAUACGUCACAGGCCGACAAAUCACAGCCGGACACAGCAAGUACGACGUACACAACCAAAACCGAUACCGGUACAUCACAAAACAAAACCACACAGACGGGCACUUCACAGGCCGACACAACAGAGGCAUACGGAAUAUCGGAAUGGAUUGAUACGUCACAGGCCGACAAAUCACAGCCGGACACAGCAAGUACGACGUACACAACCAAAACCGAUACAUCACAAAACAAAACCACACAGACGGACACAUCACAGGCCGACACAACAGAGGCAUACACAACACAACGCGCCACAUCACCUACUGACACAACAAAGGUGGACACAACACAGACGGAUACAACACGGACGACGUACACAACCCAAACCGAUACAUCACAGAACAAAGUAACACUACCAUACACAACACGAGACGACAUAUCACAUACAAGCACACCACAGACGAACACACACGCCUACACAACUCAUGCUUACACAACAAAACGCGCCACAUCACAUCGCAACAUGAGCCCAACGAACAGAAUCACGACAGAAACACAAAAUACUGAUGAACCUGGUACCACUGACAAAUGGUACAAAGGAACGUCAGCGUAUGUCAUAUUUUCUAUUGGCGUAAUAUUAUUAGCUAUUAUCGUGUUCGUAUGUGUAUGGUUCCUUUACCGUAGAAACAAGAAAUGGAAAAAGAUGUCGGUGAUCGGGGCUGGUCAAAGGGUUCGACGCUGGUCCCAAAGGUUCACUCAAACAUUCGAUGCAAACAGCCCUAAAUCGGAGGAUAGUGACGAUGAAGAAAUAUCACAUCCUAACCAGAUAACUAUGUCGUCAUUCACCAAAAAUGGUACAGGCAUCAGUAACGGUGUAGCAAAUGAGAAUACUAAAGACGAGGAACGCGGCGUCCUCGACAACACAGUCUCAAAGGUAGGGGUUAACGCAAGUUCAUUGGAACAGCCUUCGAGUGUUAUAAUUAAUGAGAUGAAUGAAAAGGAUGAGAAGAUACACAAAUCCGAUGACGUAACUACAGAUGCAGCAGAAAGCAAAGAGUUCAUAGAUGCUGAUGUAAACCCGAGUGGAAGAGAUCUGUUAGACGUUGCAACAAGCAAAGAUAUGGAGGGUGAUGUUGCAGACGAUGAAGUUAAUAGCUACUCAAUACAGAAAAACGAUGACGAUGAAAAACCAAGUGGAGGAGACCUGUUAGACGUUAAAACAAGCAAAGAUAUAGAGGGUGAUGUUGCAGACGAAAAAGUUAAUAACUCGUCACUACAGCGAAACGAUGACGACAACACAAAAUUAAUAGAUGGAGAACAAAAGUCAGAAGAAGUGGCUCCAAGUGAGUGAUGUAUCCUGAGCAAUGCCCCCACCACCCCAAUCCCCUUCGGAUAAGCAUUUACACUAAAUCAAAAUUCUUUUGACAUUAAUAUUUUGAAAUUAUUGUGCCGGAAGUUGAACAUUUUUUGUGAAAGCGGUGUUUUUCGUGUGAAACCAUUUUCAGAUGGGGAAUAAUGCUAAGCUAUCUCAUGAAAACAUAAUUAGAACGAUGAUGAUGAUGAUGGUGAUGAUGAUGAGGGUGAUUUUGAUGAUGAUGAUGAUAAUGAGGAAAAGGAUUAGGGUGAGAAUAAAGUGCAUGAUGAUGACGAGAGUGAUGAUGAUAGUGAUAAUGAUGAAAAUCAUAUUGAUGGUGGUGAUGAUGAUCACGAUGAUGUCGUAGUUUUAAGUAUUUAAGUAAAAUUCUUUAAUUUGCUUCCGAGAAAUAACUGAUGACGAUGAUGAUGAUGAUGAUGUUGUUGAUGAUGAUGAUGAUGAUGAUGAUGAUGAUGAUGGUGAUGAUGGUGAGGAUAAGUAUGAUGAUGAUGAUGAUGAUGAUAAUGGUAAUUAUCAAGAUCUAGUAGAUGGUGGCGAUAAUGAUGACUAUGAUGCUGUAGUUUUAAGUAUUUACAUCUUGUCCAUGUUUGAUUCUUAUGUAUUUGACAUAAUAAACGAGGUUGUGCCUAGAGGGAGGGAGUGUACUACGUGUGCCUAAAGUCAUGUAAAUACGCCUACUCGCAUACAUAUUUGUAUAUUUAAUAUCGAUUGGAUAGGUCCAACUAUCAUAGUCUACGAUCUAUUUGUGUAUUGUUAUAAAAGAUAUGUUUUGUAAGCAAA